AUGAUUGCCGUCUCUGUCAUUGGAAGCUCCGUCAUCUUCUGUACUUCACGCAGCAGUACCAGCAUCUUCUCGGUUAGGUACUACCUCAACAGCUUCUACGUCGGGUAUGCCAAUCUCAUCCUCGCCUCCCUGGCCGCCAAUGCCUCGGGGCACACCGAGAAGUCGGCGACUAACUCCAUGGUGUUUGUGGCAUACUGCGCAGGGAACAUCGUGAGUUCUCCCCUCUUCAAGGCACAGUGCCACUACCGCUCUUCUUUCGUGAGUAUCAUCAUCUGCCAGGUCUAUGCAAUCCUCGCCGGACAGGCAGUCCGCAAUGCACACAGAGAUACGAUACACAGACCGCAGAAGACAGGACAACCAUUUACAGGUCUAGCAGACAACAACAACAACAACAACAACAACAACUUCUGCUACUCGUUCUGA